AUGGCAUCAACAUCUCAGAACUCCGUGUUUGAAGCAGCUCCAGCAACUGAGUCCACGGGCGACAUGGAUAAGAAAACUCCUGACUCUCCAACGGUCUUUGCACCCGACGAUUCGACCUCCUCUGUCAGGCGUGGGAGUAUUGAACGGCCCUACAGAACAUACAAGAUCCGUUGGUUCGGGCUUGUAGUGUUGACACUGAUGAACUUUAUGGUUAGCUGGUCGUGGCUCACCUUCGCGCCCGUCACUUCAUCAACCGCCAAGUUCUACAAAGUAGACGAAUCAAUGGUGAACUGGCUCAGCAGCAUCUUCGUCUUUGCAAACUUCGCCAUGACUUUCGUCACCAUCAAGCUUCUCGACUGGGGUCUUCGUCCAACCCUCAUCAGCGGCAGCGCACUUCUCCUCAUCGGUAAUUGGGUCCGUUAUGCUGGGUCUUACUCCUCCGAUGGCAAUAAAGUUGCCGUCGUCGCUGUCGCUCAAGCACUCCUGGGCAUGUCGCAGUCUCUCGUUCUGAGUGCCCCAACGCGAUUCUCCGAAACGUGGUUCACGAGUAACGGGCGCGUGACGGCCACGGCUGUGAUGAGUCUUGCGAAUCCGACUGGAGCUGCGAUUGGAUCUAUUGUCGUUCCGUUGUGGGCGGCCGAACCUAGUGAUAUCUCUUCUGUUGUCUUAUACGUUGCCAUCAUUGAAUGUUACCUCAUCAUCAUCCCAUUUUGGGUUUACACUGGCCUUUUCGUCGCCACAACGUCCCUGAUCAACCAGAUCGUCACGCCCUACGGGUUCUCAGACACCGAGGCCGGUAUUGGGGGCGGUCUCCUUAUCGCUUUAGGUCUCAUAUUCUCAGCCAUCACAGCGCCCAUCAUCGACCGAACCAAGAAGUUUGUCCUCGUAACAAAGUGCGGAGUAGUAGUCGGUGGACUCUGCUAUCUGGCUCUGAUAUGGGUCCCAGGUACAAAGGAGAUCGGUGCACUAUACGCUAUUCUCUGCUGCAUCGGCAUCUCAUCGCUCUCCAUCGUUCCUGUUGUCCUAGAGGUUCUGACGGAGUUCUCGUAUCCCGCGGGCGCCGAGAUCACUAGCACUACUGCCUGGGCUGGCGGUCAGUUACUUGGAGGUUGCUUCAUCAUCCUCGGUAACGGCAUGAAGGCUGCUGAGAGUGCUGACCCGCCUCGCAACAUGAAGGAUUUUACUGUUUUCCAGGCUUUGUUGGCCAUGGCGAUGAUACCUUUGCCUCUGAUGUUGGGGAUGUUUGGGCGCAGUGAGCAGGUAGCUCUGAAGCGUACGAAUGUGCACCAGAAUAUGUAA